GGGCACCGGGCAGGGCCUGGCUGUGCGCUGGAACAAAAGGCAGCUCCUCCCUGGAAACGCCGAUCCAUCACCGGCAAACACGACCUGCUAAGCGAGCUCCGCCCAUCAGCCGACGUCACCCGGGCUCCGCAUCUGCUGCAGUCGCUGCGGGGAGGAGGCGGCGGCGCGAGCGCGGCAGAGAUGGCGUCGGCUACUGACUCCCGCUAUGGGCAGAAGGAAUCCUCGGACCAGAACUUCGAUUACAUGUUCAAGAUCCUGAUCAUCGGCAACAGCAGCGUGGGCAAAACCUCCUUCCUGUUCCGCUACGCCGACGACUCCUUCACGCCCGCCUUCGUCAGCACCGUCGGCAUCGACUUCAAGGUCAAGACCAUCUACAGGAACGACAAACGCAUCAAGCUGCAGAUCUGGGACACGGCGGGGCAGGAGCGGUACCGCACCAUCACCACCGCCUACUACCGCGGGGCCAUGGGCUUCAUCCUCAUGUACGACAUCACCAACGAGGAGUCCUUCAACGCUGUGCAGGACUGGUCCACCCAGAUCAAGACCUACUCGUGGGACAACGCCCAGGUGCUGCUGGUGGGGAACAAGUGUGACAUGGAGGACGAGCGCGUGGUCUCCUCGGAGAAGGGCCGCCAGCUCGCCGAGCACCUGGGGUUUGAGUUUUUUGAGGCCAGCGCCAAGGACAACAUCAACGUGAAGCAGACCUUCGAGAGGCUGGUGGACAUCAUCUGCGAGAAGAUGUCGGAGUCGCUGGACACGGCCGACCCCGCGGUCACCGGCGCCAAGCAGGGCCCCCAGCUCACGGACCAGCAGGCCCCCCCACCAGGACUGUGCCUGCUAGGGGCCAGCCCCCCCCAGAUCCCCCCAAAAUCCGGUCAGUGCACCCCAAACCCCCCCAACCCCCCCGAGCUCCUCCUCUUGGGGGUCCCACGGGGGCUUUUGCUGCUGAUACCUCCGAAAGGGCUGCGGCCCCUCUAGGAGCCCCCACCCCAAUUCAUUAGGCUAUGCCCCCCUACCCCUUAAUUUAUUUUUAAGCCUGGGCUGGUAGAAAACUUCCCCCCCCCCUCAUUCUGCUUUUAAUCACUGUCAAGAAACCAUCACCCCCCAGCCCCAUUUCCCCUGGUCAAACCCUCCCCUGUCCUGGCACCCCUUGCCCUGGGGACCCCCCUGUCCUGGAGAUCCCCCUGUCCUGGGGAUCCCCCUUGCCCUGGGG